AUGUAUGCCGCACUUGAUCGACCGACCUGGAGGAGGACAGUGAAGACAGGCACUGCGAUCUACGAAGCCACCCGCAUCGCUGCCGCCAAAGCGAAACGUGAAGCCCGCAAAUCACAACUUCGCCCAGUAAGCAACGCCGCCGCACAACCGCUUCCAACGUGUCCUCGAUAUCAACGGACAUUCGGGGCUCGAAUCGGACUUGUUGGACAUCUUCGGAUUAACUGCGCCUCUCGAACGGCACCAACCAUCGUCCCCGCGCCUGCCUCUUCCUCCUCCUCUCCGCCGCCAACUAACCCUGACAAUUAUUCUGACCCACCACUUCCAUCAUCCUCCUCCUCCUUCUCCUCCUCCUCCUCCUCCUCGCCCACUGCUCCAACGGCGGCCGCUCAGGCGACUGUCCCGCGCACAGCAACCGACACUACCACCACCUCCCCCGACUCCAGGGAUGAGGAUCAGGACUACACCUGCCCUCACUGCGACCGUACCUUCACCUCACACAUCGGCCUGGUCGGUCACUUGCGAAUCCAUUGCACAGAGACCGGCGAACCAGUGCGUGAAGCACCAACCUACACCCACCGCACUCGCCUCCACUGCCCACACUGCCCUCGCACCUUCAGACAUCGCAUGGGCCUAUUCGGCCACAUGCGCAUCCACGACGACCUGCGGUAG